AUGUCUAUCAGUUGCGAACAUUUAGUUUUAGUUUUACUAACGGCACUAACACUAACAGAUAAAAAAGAAUAUCAAGGGAUUAAUGGUUAUCGUUUGGAUACGAGCGGAUCAGCAAGAGAAAGAUUGGACUUAGCUAAAAGAAUAUUAGCCGAAGUACCACUCAUUGACGGUCACAAUGAUUUACCGUGGAAUAUAAGAAAAUUUGUACACAAUCGCCUUAGAGAUUUUAAUUUAAAUACGGAUUUAAGAAAUUUAUUACCAUGGUCAAAAAGUCCCUGGUCUCAAACUGAUCUUCCCAGAUUAAAACAAGGAAUGAUUGGGGGACAAUUUUGGGCAGCUUAUGUUCCAUGCGAAUCACAACAUUUGAAUGCCGUUCAAUUGACGCUGGAACAAAUAGACGUUAUAAAAAGGCUCAUCGAUAAAUAUCAUCGCCAUUUAAAAUUUGCUACCUCUGCCACAGAAAUUCUGGAAGCACAUCAGGACAACAGAAUUGCUAGCUUGAUUGGAGUGGAGGGUGGACAUUCAAUUGGUAACAGUUUGGCCAUUUUGAGAAUAUUUUAUGAUUUGGGUGUCAGAUACCUAACUUUGACACAUACAUGUAACACACCAUGGGCAGAUUCAUCAUCUGUUGAACAUAGGUUAAAGUUUCCACAAAAUGGCGGUCUUACUAAUUUUGGAAAGGCAGUCGUUAAAGAAAUGAAUAGAUUGGGAAUGAUGGUUGAUUUAUCACACACGUCGGUUAGCACAAUGAAAGAUGUUUUGGAAACAACAGAAGCACCCAUUAUUUUUUCACAUUCUUCAGCUCAUGCACUAUGUAACACUUCAAGAAACGUACCGGAUGAUAUAUUAAAAUUGGUGGCAAAAAAUGGAGGUAUAGUCAUGGUGACUUUUUAUAAUCAAUUUGUUAAAUGUGGAACUAAAGCAACAGUUGCAGAUGUGGCAGAACACAUUAGCUAUAUAAGAAAUUGGAUAGGAGUUGAUCACGUGGGUGUCGGUGGAGAUUUUGAUGGUAUAAAUAGAACUCCAAGAGGACUCGAAGAUGUUUCCAUGUAUCCAGAAUUAUUUGCAGAACUUUUAAGGAGUGGAGUUUGGAGCGAAGAAGAUUUACGAAAAGUUGCAGGACUCAAUUUACUCAGAGUGUUCAGUAAAGUUGAAAAAGUCAGGGACGAAAUGAAAAUGGCAGGAGCUUUGCCGUCAGAAGAACUUAUUUUUGAUCCAUCAUCUGGUAAAAUGUUUCCAUGUUCGACAAAUUUCGAUGAUACAGAUAAAGAUAGAGAACAAUGCUAA